GGCGGCUCCGCGCGGCUUCCUGCGCUCGGCUCGGCUCGUCGCGGCGCGAAGAUGCAGCUCAAGCCGAUGGAGAUCAACCCGGAGAUGCUGAACAAAGUGCUGGCCCGGCUGGGGGUCGCCGGGCAGUGGCGCUUCGCGGACGUGCUGGGGCUGGAGGAGGAGACCCUGGGCUCGCUGCCCGCACCCGCCUGCGCGCUGCUGCUGCUGUUCCCCCUCACCGCGCAGCAUGAGAACUUCAGGAAAAAACAAAUCGAAGAGCUGAAGGGACAGGAAGUCAGUCCCAAAGUGUACUUCAUGAAGCAGACCAUCGGGAACUCCUGCGGCACAGUCGGGCUGAUCCACGCCGUGGCCAACAAUCAGGACAAGCUGGAAUUCGAGGAUGGAUCAGUCCUGAAACAGUUUCUUUCUGAAACAGAAAAGAUGUCUCCUGAAGACAGAGCAAAGUGCUUUGAAAAGAAUGAGGCCAUCCAGGCAGCCCACGACGCGGUGGCGCAGGAAGGCCAAUGUCGGGCAGAUGACAAAGUGAAUUUUCAUUUUAUUCUGUUCAACAACGUGGAUGGCCAUCUGUAUGAACUUGAUGGACGGAUGCCUUUCCCGGUGAACCAUGGCACCAGUUCAGAGGACAGCCUGCUGCAGGACGCGGCCAAGGUCUGCAGAGAGUUCACCGAGCGCGAGCAGGGGGAGGUCCGCUUCUCGGCUGUGGCCCUCUGCAAGGCGGCCUAGUGCCCUGCGGGGGCACCUGGCUCUUCCCCUCGUUCCCUUCAACGUGAAGACUUAUACCUCCCCAGGCGUCUAAAAUGCUCCAGUGUUUGUGAAACACAGCUGUCCCCCCCCAUUCCGCAGACGAGCUCUCCCCAGCCACACCCAAGCACGCGCUAUCCAUCAAGCCAAGCGUGGUGUGAGCUUCAGACGGCGAAGCUUUCCCCCCCCCGUACGUCUCGUACCCACAUAACCGAUGCUUUAAAUGCCCACGUGGCUUUGUGUCUGUAAGUUAAGCCCUGGAUGUGGUUUAAUUGUUUGUCCUUACAAGGAAUAAAUCUUUUCUGCUGAUAAGA